UAGUGGUACCUUUAAAAGGUAUGUUGCGACUAAAUCACGUAAAAUGAAGAUACCAGAAAGUCUUGAAGAUUCACACGGCUACCAGAAUGCUUUGGUUGGAAGCACUCAUGUUCCAAAUAUAAUGGAGUACAUUGGAGCAAACAGUCGAAUGAGAUUAACAAACUCAACCACAUGGAGGGGCACUGAUGAAACUGCUCCACUGAUUGCGCCACAAAACAGGAAUAACUAUGAAGCAAUUGUGGAAGAUGACGAAAGAUCUAAUGAUCAGUGAACUGAUAAAUUUCUAAUGAGUGGACCCUUUUGAGUGAUGCUUUAUACAUAUUUUAUAUUUUUUAUUGCUGUUGCAUUGAUAGUUUUGAUAGUAGAUUUAGAUCUAGUGGGCAUAGUUUAACCAACUGUCACACCUUCCUUUUUCAGAGUGAUGACUUGGCAUUUUAGAAUUUGGAAGAGCUUUAAAAAUAAUCAAAUGUUCACAUAUCUGUUAGUCUUGUUUUUGGCGACAUCUACUGCCUCCAUUACUGUCUAUGUGGAUGAUUCUUCACCAUUAUCCAGUAACUCAUCAUCAUGUGGAGCUGUCAAUGAACCUUGUGAAACACUUGACCUUGGGCUAGAUGUAAUUCAGAACUUACUGAAAGGUCAAGAAUUUAAACUUUCUGUUCAACUGAUAAUAGCAGAUGGUGAAUAUAAUCACACCAACACGUCUAAUGGUGUCUUUAAAAAUAUCAAUCACUUAAAGAUAACUGGUCAAGCCAGUUCCUCAACUUUUAUAAAUUGUUUUAAUGAGAGUGGGUUCAGCUUUACCAAUACUUUCGAUAUCAGAAUUACUGGAAUUGAAUUUGUUGGUUGUGGACAACUCCAGUAUAGUACCAGCUAUGCUAAUAAAACCAGCUUCUCUAUGUUUUAUGUUGGACUAUAUUUUUUAUAUUGUCGUGAUGUUAACUUGACUGGUAUAUCUGUUACUGAUUCUCAUGCUACUGGUAUUGUGCUCUAUAAUAUCAUUGGUACUAAUAUACUAGAUACUGUGAUCGUUAGUAAUAACACUUUUACUACUGAGGAAGAAGAAGUGGAAGGCAGUGGUGGAGGAGUAUCCAUUGAAUAUUCAUAUUGUGUACCGUAUGGUGAAGAGUAUGUUCAAUGUCUGAGUGAUGGUGUCAGUAAUAUUGAUACUCUUUAUACUGAGGGUUCAACUUUUAGUAUCACUAACUCAACAUUCUCAAGCAACACUGCCUAUGUAAGUGAUUAUGAUAAAAACUCUUUCCCUCUACCAAGAAGACAGUUUCAUGCAGCAUUUGGGCUAGGAGGAGGUCUCUCAAUAUUUUUUAAAGGUUUGGCCUAUGAUAGAUCAAUCACUAUUGAAGACUGUAUUUUUGAGGACAACAGUGCUGCAUUGGGUGGUGGCCUGUUCAUUGAGUUUCAAGACAAUGCUGUAGGGAACCGAGUUUCAAUAACCUCGAGUACUUUUACCAAUAACAAUGUCCUUUAUAAUAGCAAUGAUAUGGGAGGAGGAGGAGCUAGAAUAGGAUACAUUUUUUAUUUUGGCCCGUAUGUUGAUGAACUUGAUUCUGUGCAGAAUAAUCGCGUUGCUUUUGAUGGAUGCAAUUUCACAGAUAACACAGCGCACUAUGGUGGAGGAAUAUCAUUUCAUUCUGCUUAUCAAUUUGACACAAAAGCUCUUAUAAAUCAUUUUGAAGUUCGACGUUGUAUUUUCAGUGGCAACAGAGGUCGUGUGGGUUCUGCUUUAGAUCUCUCACUGUGGCAUUCAUCAGUAACUGGGAAGCCACCAUCAAUACUGCUAGUGAGUUGUUCCUUCAUUGCCAACAAGAUGUAUUCAAUGGAUGACUUUGUCAGCAUUGGUGCAGUAUAUGCUGAUUCACUUCCCAUUGUCCUCACUGGUAAUGUGACGUUCAGUGAUAACACAGUCUCUGCUUUAGUUGUGACUGGAACUUAUGCCAAUAUAAGUACAGAUACUAAUGUAACAUUUAUUAAUAACUCUGGAAGGCAUGGUGGAGCCAUUGCUCUUCUUGGUAACUCAUUUAUAAUGACCAGUAAGAAUUCUUCCCUUCAUUUUAUUAAUAAUUUGGCACUCUACAAAGGAGGAGCCAUUUAUUUCUUUAAUCCUGGAGAGAGAAACUUGGCUUACUCGAGAAAUUGUUUUAUUCGGUAUUAUGACAUAAGAGCACAUCCAAACGAAUGGAAUGCUUCAUUUUAUUUUGAAGGGAACCAGAUAAGCACUGGAAAGGAUGUUUACAACUCCAUCUAUGCCACAGCAAUCUUUCCUUGCUUGUGGAAGAGGUUAAACCUCAGUCAAUAUUACUGGGAGAGUAGCCAAUGGAAGUGUUAUACUCUGCAUGGCACUGAGGAAGAUUGUCAGAGCCAAAUUGAUAGUGCUCCCUCAAAUUUCACCCUCUUGCAAUCAAGCUAUGACAUGAUUCCAGGUAAAACAAUACCACUUAAUCUCCUAAUAAAAGAUGAUCUCCAACGAAAUGUGACCGAUACAAUGCUAAUAGGAAGAAUGAGUCAUGAAAGUAAUGAAACCAGCGCCUUCUUUCCCGGGUACAAGGAACAUGAUCUCAGAUUUGAAUAUAUCUCCAGAAAGCAACUCAAGCUGCUUGGUAGAGAUAAUUCUUCUGUUGAUAUAUACCUUGAGACACAAGACCCCAUUGUUAUAAGACAAAAGAUAACAGUUAACUUGAAACCUUGUCCGCCUGGAUUUAUAUCAACAAUAGAAAAUGGUACAUGUGUUUGUCCUGAAGGCGAUUACAAUGGUUAUAUAAACUGUGAUCCACUCCUAGACACCAUCAACAUUAAGAAAGCAAGUUGGUUAGGUAAAGUCCCAGAUUAUGAGGAGUAUCUUCUUGGAUUGAGUCCUUACGUUACCUCUUCCAGCAAUAGCAGUUACAUAUCUUUACCACAAGACCCAAAUGACCUCUCUGAUGCACUCUGUGGUAAGAUGAACAGGAAAGGAGUAUUGUGUGGUGAGUGCAUUGAUGGAUAUGGUGUAGCUCUUAACUCUUAUGACUACAAGUGUGUAAACUGUUCAGAAACAUACGUACACUAUCAUUGGUUGUUCUACAUAUUGACAGAAUUUCUUCCAGUCACACUCUUCUUUGCAAUUGUGUUCAUAUUCAGCAUGACAGUGACCACCGGGCCACUCAAUUCAUACAUAAUCUUUGCACAGUUGAUCACCAGUUGUGUUGACAUUGAUGCUGAUGGUAUGAUCCCACUUGAGAGUGUCUCACAAUCAAUGGGAGUCUCGUAUGCUAAGAUGCAGCUGGUUUAUUACUUGCCGUACGAUAUAUGGAAUCUCAAUUUCUUCAGGUCAUCCUUUUCAGAUUUUUGUCUCAGCCCCAAUCUCAAUACAGUGGAUAUACAUGCAUUGCGCUACAUCACAGCAGUCUAUCCUCUGAUACUACUAGCCACUCUAGUUAUCAUACUAUUCCUAUAUAACAAAGGCUUCAAAUGUGUUGUGCAUGCUAUUCGCCCUCUACACAAAUGCUUGGCUCGUUUCCGACAGCUCACUAACCUACACCAGUCCGUGAUGGGAGGCAUUGCCAUCGUCAUACUCAUCUCUUAUACUAAAUUUGCUUACGUCUCUCUCCUUCUACUCAGUCCUACUCCUCUCUAUUAUUCUAAUGGGUCGAUAGCUACACAUGUACUCUAUCCUGAUGGAAGUAUUGAAUGGGGUAAGACUCAUACUAAUAAAUUGUACAUAGUCAUUGCUAGUUGCAUGCUUUCUACUUUUGUCCUCCUUCCUCCACUGAUCCUCUUUUAUCCGACUUUGCUGAGGAUUAUCGAGAGACUCUCUUUCUGGAAACUCCAUCUCGGGAGGCUCUAUCCUAAUCCAAAGUUUCAAGCCUUUCUCGAUGAGUUUCAUGGCUGCUAUAAGGAUGGUAGUAAUGGUGGUGUUGAUUGUCGCUGGUUUGCCAGUUUCUAUUUUUGUCUACGUAUUGCAUUGUACACAGUGUACUCCAUAGCAGCAACAUGGUAUGUGCAGUACAUUAUUCAAACGAUGCUCUUCUUGGGCUCUGCAAUGCUGGUUGCUUUGUUUCAGCCGUACAAGCAUUUCUGGAUAAACCAAGUUGAUAUAUCAAUGUUCUUGCUACUGGCUGCCAUUAAUGCACUGAGUCAGUAUAACUUAUUGACACUUCAGGUUGGUGCUAAUGGUCGCAUGGAGAGGUGGCCUUAUGUUAUGCAGUAUGUCCUCAUCCUAUUGCCAUUAGUGUACUGCGUAUGUUACUACUGCUCUGUCAUUGGAGGAAAGAUAAAGGAAAGGUUGAUGCUCCAAGCUCGAUUGAAGAAAAAACGAAAGCAAAUCCUACAGGAACAGUUAAAAUCAGCAGAUAGGAAUGAGACAGAGACGAGAUCUCAAGGUGGUGCUCAGUAUCAAGACGGUCUAGUUGAUUCUACUUAUGUUCCUGAAUUUUUGGAGUACAUGGAAAACUCUUCACGUUUCAAGAAGAACAUCAGGUUACCUAGUGUGAACUCACUUUCUAUCAGGAGGUCUGCUAGUUCUAAUCGUCAUCGCCAAACCAUUGAGGAUUACCUUGAGGAGGUUGGAACUGGCGAAAACUCUCCAUUGCUCUCAGGCUCACCCGAUGAAAGUGAAGAAGAUGAAAGGGAAUCAAAUGACAAUAAUACUGACUUGUUGCAUGAUCAUGAUGAACAGUAUCUUACAGCAUACAGUACCAAUGAUAAUAGUGAUAGCAAUGUUAGUAGUACUGUUGUUUAUUUGACAUGACUUUGAUAAUUAUUUUGUGAAUUUGUGUGUAUUAAUUUAAAUAGAUCUAA